AUGGUUUCCUGUAAGUCGCUCCCCCCCGGGACCCGCAAACUAACCAAUCCAAUCCUAACAAACAAUCACAGUCUCCUGCGAAAUCUGCUCCGACAUCCUCAAAAAGCCCAAACUCGACUCUCACGCCGCGCGCUGUCGCGGGGCAUACUAUACAUGCAUUGACUGUUCAAAGACGUUUGUGGAGGGGCAGUGGAAGGGUCAUACCGUUCGUUUUCCCUCUUUCCCUCCCGCCAGUUGUGCUAAUUGAGGGGGGGGGUAGAGUUGCGUUAGUGAGGCGGAAAAGUAUCAGGGGAGUUUCUACAAGCCAGAGAAGGGGAAGGGGAAGAGUGGGAAGGAGAAGGACAAGAAGAAGAAGGGAUCUCCAGAGGCAAUCGCUGCCCCCGUAACCGAGGUUAGCGAGCUCGAAGCUAAAGAUACACCUAUGGACGACACCCCUCCCGCCGAAUCCCCCGACCAGUCGAAACCCUCCAAGAAGGAGAAAAAGAAAUCCAAAAAGGACAAGAAGGCCAAGAAAGAUAAAAAGAAAUCUAAAGACACUCCCGCUGCGCCGGAAACGAGCCCCAACCCUGCCCCUGCCAUCGAAGCGGUCGACAAGAAGAAGCGCAAGAGCGCUUCUGCGGAGGAUACUCCAGCUAAGAAGAAGAAGAAGAAGGAGAAGGGGGAGGGAGAGAAGGCGAGGAUGAGUCAAGAGCGACUUGCGGAUCUAGUUGGAAAGGAGGAAUUGGGAUUCGCAGGGUUCUUGGAGAGGCUUGAGAAGGAGGUGGGGGGUGCCCAUGAUGAAGUCCCCAAGGGGGCGGCGUUUCAAGGGCUGCGGGUGAAAGUUGAUGAUGGGAGGGUUGUGCUUUCCUUUGGGGGGUAGAUUGGGGGAAGUGCGGGUGCCAUGAUGUUGUACUAUAUCAUCACGGGGAAUUGUGCUGCGCUCGAGCACUUGCAGUAAUGCGCUCGUGGCAGCCAUGUAGUAGACCAAAAGUUAUGUUUGUAUCUAUAGUACCCAAAAAUACCAAUAAUUAUUCACCG